AUGGAGUCGGAGCUGCUACGGGCCGUAGCGAUUGCAUCGGCUCCUCAAAAUCAGAAUGCCGAGUUGAUCCAAUCCGCACACGCUUACCUUCAGCAGCUUCAGCAAAACACUCCAGAGUGCUGGCAGAGCGCUUGGAACGUGUUUUCCGCCCGAAAGCAUGAUGGUACCUCGGCGCUCCAUUCGGACGACGCUCGUCUCUUCGCAUUGAAUCUCGUUCAGGAUCUGCUGGAGAAUCGCAUUUCACAGCUCCCGGACCCGGCAGCCGCAGUAGCCUACUUGCAGGACGCCUCGCUCGAGUACAUCAAGUCGGAGUUCGUUGGAGGCAGUGGAGAGCGCGGCCUUGCUUACUUGCGAAAUAAGGUCGCCCAGGCACUCUCACUGCUACUGGUACAAAGCUACGGCUUGCCACCGCCUUAUACACUGUUGUCGACUCUGUUGGAUCUAACGAGAACAUCAGAAGGCAGUCUCAAUCCUACCAGUGCUGAUCUCGUGCUGAGGAUCUUGCACGAUCUCUCUCUCACACUUGGCUCGGACACGACUCUCCGCUCCGUGCGUUCUCGAGAGAGGCUCGUGCGAGAUGCUGCUGUGAGGGACGAGAUUCGCGAACACAAUGCUUCAGCGAUAGCGCAAGCCGUCUGGGAGAUGUUGCAAGAGGCGUUGUCGAAGGUGCACACGCCUCAGUGGCCCGGUCGCACGGCUGAGGACCUCGCCGAGAUGGCGACACGGGUCGUGGGCGACUACGUCUCCUGGACGGACAUUUCCCUGAUGGUGACCGCUACGACCUUGCCAGUCCUCUUUGGUCUAUUGCAGCACCCGAUCACCGCGCUUAGGAUCGCGGCCGCCGAGACGCUUCUAGAGGUAAUAAGCAAAGGCAUGAAACCCCCCGACAAGAUUGAGCUCGUGAGAGUCCUGGACCUGACCACCGUCAUAACCGGCCUGGAGGCCUCGACUCGAGGCGACAGUGAUGUAGAGUUCCGCGAACGUCUGGCUCGUCUUGCAAAUGGCAACAGUCUGGAGCUCGGAAGAAUUGUCGAUGAUCCGGCAGCGGACGCAGCGUCCUCACGAGCCGCCGACGAACUUCUGGCUCCUUCUCUGCCACUCACGCUUGCAUUCCUCGCCGAUGCCUGCGACGACAUCCCGGAGCAGGUUCUGCCUGCCUUGACUCACGUCCUGGCGAGUUGGAAGAAAAUGCGGCGUGCCUCGCAGGCGACGCCUCUGCAGGAGGUCUUGUCACCCGCAAAAAUCGCUUUUACCGAGUCUCUCCUAAGCGUUUGCUUGCAGAGGAUGCAAUUCGGAGAAGAGGCGGAUUGGUCUUCGGAGCUCGAAGCGCGAGGAAGCGAGGAUGGCAGCGAAGACGACGAGGCAGCUCGUUUUCACAAUUUGCGGAAGAAUAUGCAACUUCUGAUAGGCACUGUGGCUGGCAUCGAUGAGGCCCUAUUCUCGCCGCAAAUUCAGUCAUUCGUUAUCGAGACGCUUACAGCUUGCAACGCCAGCUUGACCGGUACAGGAGCAGCCACGACUUGGCAGAGAGCAGAGCUAGCACUGCAUGUGCUGUAUCUCUAUGCCGAGUUCUUGAUGACCGCAUCUGGACAGAUCAAAAGUGGCAUUGGAUCUGCAUCUUUCGUGACACUACCCACCACUGGAGCUAAUGCCGGCUUGUCUCGGGCAAAGCAAGCCUCGCAGCUCGACCUCCCUACGUUGCCACUGAACGCUUUGGGCCAGACAGUCAAAGCCUUCUUCGAGUCACGGAUUUCAGAGCUCGAUCACCAAGCUGUCAAGCUCGCCUUUUUCGAGUGUGCUGUGCGCUACGCCUCCUUCUGCACCAUCAGCUCGGCAGCUAUCCCACAAGCUUUGCCUACUUUUCUGGACGAGCGAGGGCUGAGAAAUCCCGACACUGCUGUGAGAAGGCGUGUCGAGUACCUCUUUUUGCGCUUCAUCAACGUCAGCAAAAUGGCUCUUAGCCAUGAGCACGUCGCCGGCUUACUCGAAAGGAUGCAGGAUCUCCUGGUAGUGAGCGCAGUUCUGCCCCCUGUGAAGCCUGACGAAGACGUGUUGGCGAAGGGAGUCACCUCAGAUACCGCUUUCGACAGUCAGCUGAACCUUUUCGAAGCGAGCAGCGUGCUCCUGUCGCUUCUUUUACGGGCGCCCGAGCAGCAAGUCUCUCUCCUGAGGUCCCUUGCUGGACCGCUGCGUUCGCAGCUCGAGGAAGCACUGCAAGCUCACAAAAGCCAUCAGCAUCCUCAAGUCAUUCUUCAGGUGCACCAUCUCUUCCUCGCGAGCAGCAAUCUCGUCAAGGGGUUCCCAGAUGUCCAGCCCGCAGCAGACGGCUCGACGCAGAGGGAGUAUCGAUGGAUCGAAAUCUUCAAAGGCAUCACGGAGCAAAUCCUUUCCGGCUUGAAUGAGCUGAAAGGCUUUCUCAUCAUUCGCGACGCAGCAAGAGGCGCAUUCGCGCGUAUGAUUGCAAAGUGUGGAGAUGCCGUUCUACCCUACGUCCCGCCUCUUCUUGCCGCCCUUCUGAGCGAAGUGAGCGCAGUGGAGAUGGUCGAUAUCCUCUCCUUUGUCGGUCUUCUGGGUUCUCGGUACAAAGCCACGAUCGCGCCUAUCAUGGAUGAGCUAUUGCCAGUCCUGAUUCCGCGUGUAUUCGCUUUGCUCAACCAGGACGUAUCAGGCACGGAUGAUGCUGUUCAGCGUUCAGAGCUUUCUCGUGCGUACGUCGGUCUACUAUCGGGUCUUAUCAGCUGCGGCAUCCAGAACGUACUGCAUUCCGAGAAGAACCAAUCGCAAUUCCAAACGGUCUUGCAAAGUCUGGUCUUCUACGCCAGCGACGCAGAUCUCCAAACCCAGCGUGCAGCUUUCUCCGUUCUACACCGCAUGGUGCAAGUAUGGGGUCGCCCAGCAAGCGCCAACGGAUCCACCAAUGGACCGGCUGCAAUUGAACUUCCGGGCUUUGUCAACUUUGUGUACGAGACUCUCGUUCCCUUGGUAUUCGAGGCGCCAUCGAAGAGCGCCUUUGAUUUCGCCGACGCUCAAAGUCAGCUGGUGUUGACAGAGGUCUGCACACUGCUCAAGACGAUCCACGACGUGCGAGGCCAAGAGCUCCUCAACUUCUUGACAACGGCUUACUUUCCGGGCAUCGGCUGCCCUCCACAAUUGGCGCAAGACUUCACCAACAACCUCAAAAAGAUGGAUGCCAAGCAAUUGCGGAAAGCUCUUCAAGGUCUAAUACUGCAAUCCCGAGGCUAG